AUGCCUCCCAAGUCGAGCGCUCGCCGCGCAGCGCCAGCAAACGCAGCGGGUGCGCCUGCCUCCACACCUCAAAAUGGCACAGAAUCCGGCACAUCAACCCCCAGGACGACACCUGGUCCUGCUGGUCGUCCUGUCCAACGACUACAAUCCCUCAAGAACCGCAAACCAUCUGGGAGUAUUCCGGCGGCCAACCGGCCACCCUCUACGCUGGGCGGCGAGCAAGCCAAACCUGUUAUGAAAUACAAGCCCAAGGCGGUUGUACGUCGAAGCAAAGAGGAACGUGACGCGAUCGAGAAGCGCGAGCAAGAACGUUUAAACGAGCGACUGCGCGAAGCUGCCGCCAUGCAACGAGGACGAGGAAAUCGCGGAGGCCGUGGUGCAUUCCGCGGCCGUGGUGGACCGAUGGGUGGAGUUGGACCAUUCGGAGGUGCGCGACGAGGUCGUGGCGGCGGCUUCGGAGGCCAUGGCGGCGGUGGUGGUGGAUUUGGUGGUGGUGGACGCAGUGGGUUCCGGUCUGGAUUUAGUGGAGGAGGAGGAGGAGGUGGUGGUGGUGGUGGCAUGAAUUACGAUUCAGAGGAAGAUGAUGAGGAGGGCCUGCGCAUCAGCAUCGACCAAAUCAACUUGGAGAGUGAUGACGAGGAUGAGGUGGACUCCAAACAGAUCAAGGGCAAGAUGCCCAUGCGUUCACGCGAUGGAUUACGGCCUAUCCGAGUCGCUCGUCUACAGCACGAGGAACGCGUGAUCAGCGUGAACAUGGAGUCUAGCACCGCCAAGACCGACGAGGUUCGUCAAAAGCUCGAAUCAGCCAAGACUGAAGAAGCGAAGAAGGCCAAGGCGGCUGAAGCUGCUGCUGCUGCGCCGCCAGUCGAAGAAGAGCCGCGGGUGAAGGCCGAGCCCGUGGACGAUGCAGAUACACCCAUGGCCGAUGUCCCGCACGACGAUGACGGUUUCCUUCCUACUCAAAGAGUCCGAGUUCGACGAAAGGUGUCGAGUCCCCGCGAGCUGUCGACACCCGAACCAUCGCAAACCGAAACUCAACCUGAAGCCGAACCAGAAUUCGAAACAGUGCAAGCCGAGAAACCCGACCAGGUUCGCAGAGAUCCACGAGAGCUGCUGCGCACAAAGGAAGAAAUUGACGAGCACGAUCGUCACUUGGAGGAUCUGGAAUACAUGCGGAAUCUGUUGUAUUAUGAAAGAAAGGAGAAGUCUACACGAGCAGCGACCACUGCCGCCGAGCCAGCUACUGCCGGCGGAGAGCCUGCCGCGGACACAACUACAGAAACCGGCGAUGGAGAGACCGAAGGGGCCGAUAAUGAUGGCGAGGAAGAAGAGACCUACACCAACCAGGCUCUUGAGGGACAACUCUUCCUCGUGCAAUUCCCUCCGAUGACACCCAAUCUCGUUCUCGCCAAGGACAAGGACCCGUCGCCGCAGUCAUCCGCGAGUGCAGCGCAGACCCAACCCGAACCACCUAGUCAGCCCGCAGAAGUUGCUGUCAAGACUGAAGACGAGGAGAUGCAGGUUGUGGAAGACAGUGCAUCGGAUGCUCCCAAGUGCAUUACCGCAGCCACACAGUGGACAGUUCCCGCCGGCCGAGUUGGCAAGUUGAAUGUGCACAAGUCUGGCCGGAUCACUCUUGACUGGGGUGGCAUUCCUUUCGAGCUCGACCGUGCCACCCCGGUGGACUUUGUGCAGGAAGCGGUGAUUGUGUCCAAACCCGCCGAAGAUGAGGACGGGGCACCUCCUCGGGAUGAGAGUGAGAACAAGGUCUGGUCAAUGGGCCAGCUGGCUGGAAAGUUUACGGUUUCGCCCAACUGGGAUGAGAUUUUGUAG